AGUGACAAAACUGUUCCAUCCCACAUUCCUUUGACCCCUCAAAAGUUAAAGGCCUCUAAAGUCUAAACCGCUCGAAAUCUUGAUUGAUUUCACUAUUCUCUAAAGAGAUCACACCAAGCACUCAAGUCAGAUCUCUCAAGGUUUUCCAAGAUGCCUCGACGCAAAUUUGACAAGAAGAGCGCAACCACCUUCCAGCUCGUUCACCGAGCCCAAAAUGAUCCUCUUAUUCACGAUGAAGACGCCCCAUCCAUGGUGUUCAAGGAGCUCUCCGGGAAACGGGACAAGAAAGUCAAAGAACUCGGCAACCUCGAGGAGGAGUUCGGCCUGAAGAUCCGGAAAAACGAAGGAGAGGCGGCGAACCACGGAAUCUACUACGAUGACACCCAAUACGACUACAUGCAACAUCUGCGGGAGUUUGGAUCGGGGGACGGCGCGGUUUGGGUUGACGCGACCCCGAAUACGCAGAAUAAGGGCAAGACAAAAGUCAAGUUGGAAGAUGCUCUGCGGAGCGAGGCCGGGUCAGACAUGAGGAGUGAGAGCGGCGCGAGCUUUGCUAGUGAGAGUGCUAGGUCGCUGAUUGGGGAUGAAAUGCUACCUUCGGAAUUCGUUCUAAAGCGGACGUAUCAGGACCAGCAGAAUAUUCCCGAUGCCAUUGCAGGAUUCCAACCCGAUAUGGAUCCUCGCUUGAGAGAGGUGUUGGAGGCAUUGGAGGAUGAUGCGUUUGUGGAUGAUGAUGAGGACAUAUUCAAGGAACUCGCAGAGAACGGCGAGGUUAUGGACAAGGAUGACUGGGAGGCGACAGCGGAAGACGACGACGGUUGGGAGAGUGACGAUACCAUAAAGGCCGAAAAUCCUGCUCCCUCGCGAGCCACCCCAGCCAUCGGCGGACCCGAUGAUCAACCUGAGGCUGUACGAGAGCCCGCUGGGCACGACUGGAUGGCGGAGUUUCGCAAGUUCAAGAAGGAGACCAAGACGGCCUCGCCAUCGGUUGCACAAUCCGCACAAUCCGCGGUUGACAGCGCAUUGGCGUCGUUGCCCGCAGGCCGUAAGAAGAAGCGAAAGGGCGCGUUGACUUCCACAUCCGCAUACAGCAUGACUUCAUCAUCACUUAUGCGUACCGAUCAACUCACUCUGCUUGAUCGGCGCUUUGAGAAGCUUGAGGCAGAAUAUACAGGAGAGGAUGACAUGGAUGAUACCGGUUCCAUGGUCUCCGGCAUGACCGGUAUGUCUGGCAUGUCUGGCAUGUCUGGCAUGUCAAGGAUGUCCGGCCUCUCAAAAAUCAGUGAAGCAUCCGGAGAUGUCCCUCAGCUACGGUCCGAUUUCGACAGCAUCAUGGAUGAAUUCCUGGGCUCCCAUGCGGCAAAUGGGAAGCGGAAGUUCAAGAAGGGAAAGGCGCAAACUCCAAUUGAACAGAUGGAUGAAGUCCGGAGGGAACUUGGGCCGGCACGGUUCCGCGCGCAGCCGACCUGAGAAUGAACAUCGUGAAACGCAAAAAGGGCAAAAAAUGUUCAACAGUCCCAUCCCAGCUCACCUGCUGCACCUUUUUCCAGGUCUGCUGACCUUGCGGCUCAGAGGAUCGGAGUCUGCACCGGUGCAAGCGUG